AUGACUAUCAAUUUAGACUUACUUUGUUCCCAUGAAAUGUGUUGUGCAAUACUGCAAAAUAUAAAUAAAACACAUUUAUAUACAAUACAUUUACAUGUCACUUUACAAAAAAUAGACUAUCAAGUUUGUGAAAAGAGGAUGUGCCAUAAGAAAAAUGUAGAAAAACAAAGAUUCGACCUGCUGGUCUAUUCACCUGACUAUACCUACUCUUUGGAUGAUAGUGAAAAACUAAAGCACUUACAAAUCGUUCGGACUUUAGUUGAAAUAGAAGCUGUUAAGAACUAUAGACCACCUGAAAUAACAAGUGCAGUAAAAGAAUAUGUAACAGAAACAUUGGAUCUGAGAAAAAGUGUAAAAGAAUCAAAAUGUAAGGAAGUUUCAAACAUAAAACUCAAAGUUCAUAGUGCUCUCAAUACACAUCUUAUUGGCAAUUUGAAGCUUGAACUAGAUAUUUGUGAAAUGGUCUCUUUUUUUGAAAAGCAAGAAUAUAAAGUCCAGCAUUUUAAAAUUACUAGCCAAUCUACUUAG